GAAGAGGAUUAGGAAGUGGAACUAGCGGACAUUAGUCGCGACCAUCGAUGGCGGCCGCGAGUUUUCCUCCAAACUUCUCGAACGUCGGUGUACUAGAGAAUUGCGCCGGCAUGGAGGCGACAAACGGCGCGAUCGAGCACGACUUCCACAACCCGUUGGUGCCGAUAAACGGUAGCCACUCAGGCAGCUCCGGCAGGAGUACGCCGAACGGCGGCGACCCGGCGCCGGGCAAGCUCUUCGUGGGCGGUCUCUCCUGGCAGACGAGCAGCGAGAAGCUGCGGGAAUAUUUUAACAUGUUCGGCACCGUCACCGACGUUCUCAUCAUGAAGGAUCCGAUGACGCAGCGUAGCCGCGGUUUCGGCUUCAUCACGUUUGCCGAGCCCGGUAGCGUCGACAAAGUCCUCAAGUGUCCCAUUCACACCCUGGAUGGCAAGAAGAUCGAUCCGAAGCACGCGACGCCGAAGAAUCGCGCGAAACAGGCCAAUCGCACUAAGAAGAUCUUCGUGGGCGGUGUCAGUCAGGACACCAGUAGCGACGAGGUCAAGGCCUACUUCAAUCAAUUUGGCAAGGUGGAGGAGACGGUGAUGCUGAUGGAUCAACAAACGAAACGCCAUCGCGGCUUCGGCUUCGUCACGUUCGAGAACGAGGACGUGGUGGACCGCGUGUGCGAGAUACACUUCCACACGAUCAAGAACAAGAAGGUCGAGUGCAAGAAGGCGCAGCCGAAGGAGGCGGUGCAGCCGGGCGCGCUCGCGCUCGGCAAGCGGGUAGUGCUCGGCGCUCUAGGCGUGCGGCUCGCGCCACAGCCGCCGCUGCCGGUCGCGGCGGCGGCCUCGCAGCUGGUGGCCGCGCAGGCACAAGCGGCGCAGGUGCAGGCGGCCGCGGCCGCGGCGGCGGCCGCGCAGGUGCAGAACGCGGUCGCGGGAUACGGCAAACUGUUCGCUACCGGCGGCUAUCCGGCGCUCGCGGCAUAUCGGUACGCGCCCUAUCCGAUACCGGCCGCGAUGGCGGCGGCGGCUGCCGCGGCGGCGCCCAACGCCCCGACGGCACCGGCGCAGGCACAGGGUGCCGCCGCGGCCGCUGCCGCUGCCGCCGCGGCGGCAUCCUCGCCCGCUGCGGCCGCGGCCGCCGCCGCGGCGCCCGGUAAUCCCUAUCAGGGCUACUCGCUCACCAACGUCGACAUGUCAAGCUUCCAGGGCGUCGAUUGGGGAUCCAUGUACGGGAUGGGGAUGUACGUUUAA